CUCCCCGCCACAACUAGCCUCCUCCACCCUCUUUCUCUCUCUAAAAUCCGCUCUCGAAAGAGAGUGUGUUUUAGCAAUGGGGGCGAGUCCCAGAGACAUAGACGACCUGCCAAAGAAUGGAGCAAAUUACAUGCCCUUGACGCCCCUCUGGUUCCUUGAUCGUGCGGCUCAGGUUUAUCCUGAGAGGAAAUCCCUUAUCCACGGCUCUGUUCACUACACAUGGCAGCAAACAAACGAGAGAUGCAGACGCAUGGCUUCAGCUCUCUUGAACCACUCGAUCGGUCCUGGAAAAACUGUAGCAGUCAUAGCACCCAAUGUUCCUGUCAGUUACGAAGCCCACUUCGGUAUUCCAAUGGCUGGAGCUGUUCUCAAUAGCGUAAACAUCAGACUGAACGCCCCUACCAUCGCCUUCCUCAUUUACCACUCUGCAGCGUCUGCCAUAAUCGUAGACCAAGAAUUUUUCCCCUUAGCUGAAGCUUCCCUCAAGUUGGCCUCAGAAAUGAAGAACAAAGAAGGUGGUGGCCACCAGUUCAAGUGGCCCCUUCUCAUUGUUGUUGGUGAUGAGAUUUGUGAUAGAGGAGCUUUAGAGAGUGCUAUAAACAAAGGGGCCAUUGAGUUUGAAGAGUUUUUGAAAGGUGGGGACCCAAAUUAUGUUUGGAAGGGCCCACAAGAUGAGUGGGAUAGCAUUGCUCUUGGGUACACGUCGGGGACCACAUCGAGCCCUAAGGGAGUGGUUUUGCACCAUCGUGGGGCUUACCUCAUGGCUCUGAGUGGGCCCUUAAUAUGGGGUAUGGGGGAGGGAGCAAUAUAUUUGUGGACUCUACCCAUGUUUCAUUGCAAUGGAUGGUGCUUCACUUGGUCGCUUGCUGCUGUAUGUGGGACCAGCAUUUGCCUUCGCCAGGUUACAGCCAAGGCAGUCUAUUCAGCUAUUGCGGAGUACGAGGUCACCCACUUCUGUGCAGCCCCAGUUGUCCUCAACACCCUCAUCAAUGCUUCACAGCAAGACAUCUGCCCCCUCCCAGGUCCUGUCCAUGUGAUGACUGCCGGUGCCGCCCCUCCUCCUCACGUUCUUGCUGGUAUGUCCAAGAAGGGUUUUAUUGUCACCCAUACGUAUGGUCUCUCAGAGACCUAUGGUCCGUCAACUGUAUGUGUUCGCAAGCCCGAGUGGGCCUCCCUCUCCAUCGAGGCCCAAGCCCGCCUAAAUGCUAGACAAGGGGUUCGUUAUAUUGGGCUAGAAGCUCUAGAUGUGGUGGACCCCACCACCAUGGUCCCGGUCCCUGCUGAUGGGACCACAAUGGGGGAGAUUGUGAUGAGGGGCAAUCUGGUCAUGAAGGGGUAUUUGAAAAACCCAAAGGCUAAUGAGGAGACAUUUAAGGGGGGUUGGUUUCAUUCAGGAGACCUAGGGGUGAAACACCCAGAUGGCUACAUUGAGGUAAAGGAUAGAUCUAAGGACAUUAUAAUAUCUGGCGGUGAGAACAUUAGCAGUUUGGAGGUUGAGAAAGCAGUUUAUGAACACCCUGCGGUUUUGGAGGCCUCAGUGGUGGCACGCAAGGACGAGAGAUGGGGUGAAUCUCCUUGUGCUUUUGUGGCCUUAAGGGAGGGAACGGGAGGGAGCAAGGAGGAAGAGGCAAAGGUGGGUGAGGAUAUAAUUAGCUUUUGUAAGAAGAGGCUGCCAGGAUACUGGGUGCCUAAGUCUGUGGUAGUGGGGCCGCUUCCUAAGACUGCCACAGGAAAGGUGCAGAAACAUGUGUUAAGGGCGCGAGCCAAAGAGCUCGGGCCAGUAUGGGCGAGCAAGAUGUGAAAAGAUUUGGCACAAUGUUAAAAGGAUGGUAGACAUUAUCGUAAAUCUGUGUUUUGAGGCUAUGUACUUGUAAUUUGUGGGUAGGGUACAUGCUGUUAUUCUGAAGCUGGCGUAAUGGAACAUGGAACGUUUGUUUGUGGGGACGUGGGUGUAUGACCUUUUUUGUGUGUUUGAGGUUUUGUUGUGUUCUAUGACCUUUCUUCUUGUGAGGAGUAAAGGUAGGGUUUGUGUGUGUGCACAGAUGCCCUAUGCUAGAUGUGGAGUAAAUGGCAGCAAAGGAUAGCACUUAUGGGAAACAAACUAUAUACAUACAUUCAGAAUGGAUGGAGCUGAUGGAAGUGAUAGGAUUUUCAAUAUUGUAUUGUGGAAAUGACAGAUUCGAUUCUUAGAGUGCUAGGUAAAUGUUAGGUUAUCUUAGAGAAAAUAGGAAUCUAAAUGCCUAGACCCAAGACUUCCAGACUGGUAUGAAGUAAAAUACUCAUGUGGUUGUUGUCUAAUUAAAUGCAAAGGGCUUGUUUUUCAAUU